GAGACACAGACGGUUAGUGACCAGUUGGAUACGGGAAAAGCGGGAGAAAGCGAAACAUCGCACGGAAGCGCUCCCGGAAUUUCGAAGGAGCCGGCCGGAUUCUGGAGCAAAGUGCUCGACUUGACGGAAGUCAUGCUGCCUGCCACUUUCUGCUGGUGAUUGUUUUCGUCUGCGCGGGUCAGACAUGAAUAAUCGCUCCAUCGCUUGGUGGCUGGGGCAGAUCGGCUUGCCUCAGUAUACCAAGGCUCUGGAGAGUGAAUAUUACGGACUGGAGGGUCUGCUGAACGUGAACGACGACGAGCUGAAGCAGGCGGGGAUCGAGGAUGCCUUGCACAGAGAAACCAUCCUGACUCAGCUUCUGAGCCACCGCCAGAAGCUCUACCCUCACUUGGGUGUGCAAAUGGAGCGCAGAGUGAGCAGGAAGUACUCGCUGGGCUCGUCCUUGGAUUUGGUGAAGCCAAGGCAGGAUCUUUUCCGCCAGAGUGUCCUGCCCCGCCUCCACCGCGCUGACAAGAAACAGCGCCUGUCCGCGUCCUGCACGCAGCUGCGGCCUCUGGACGAGGAUCACGCUUCUGGCACGCUGGACGGCUGUCGAGAAAGCAAGCGCAGCAAAAGGAGGAGCCUUGCCGUAUACUUGAGCCGGCUGAAGGUGUUUAGUGGUCACAAGGAGAUGGACGUGCUGAAGAAGGAACUGGAGGAAGAGCUGAAGCUUAGCACCGAGGACCCCAGGAGCCAUGCCUGGUACCACGGACCCCUCACCAGAGAGGCUGCCGAGGCUCUUUUCGACAGGGACGGGGACUUCCUGGUGCGAGACUCCAGCUCGUCUCCGGGCGACUACGUCCUCAGCUGCUACUGGAGGAACGAGCCCAUGCACUUCAAGAUCAUACGGGUGGUGCUGAGACCCAAAAAGGGCUACUCCCGGGAGCUGUUCCAGUUCGAAGAGGACCGCUUCGACAACGUCCCCGCUCUGAUCCGCUUCUACGUGGGCGACCGGCGGCCCAUCUCCCAGGCCUCGGGCGCCAUCAUCUUCCACCCGCUGACCAGGACGCUUCCUUUGCGCGUCAUCGCCGAGCGGCAGCGGGCCGCCGAGGCCAAGUCGCAUGUGGAACGCGGCAAACGGCUCAGCUUCAGCAGCGCGCCGGGAGACGCCCUGCACGCCAACCCGCUGCUCAGGAGCGGGAGUCACCCCGGUAACCUGGAGAACCUCGGAUGCAGGCCUUUGCUCCAGUCGGCCCAGUCGGACAGCAACCUGAGGCCAGGCACUCCUCAGAAGGCCAAACCGGAAGACGCCGGCCCCCCUCCCAUCUCGCCGGUGUUCCGCACGGGGAGCGAGCCGCUCCUCAGCCCCAAGCCGCGGCAAACGCGCACGUGUCACCCCGGUGGGGGCGUGACGCUGCGGGGUUCUGAUGGACAGCUGCACUCUCGAGCGCCCCCCAAGCCUCUCCGGAUCUCUGCCGUGUUCCCCAAAGCCUCGCUACUCGCCACGCCUUUGGACCGGGACGACGACCCGUCCGUUUUCUACGACGAGCUGGUCGUUCAGGUGCCUCAGUCCCGGCGCAAGGGUCACGUCGAUCGACUUCGGGCGGAGGAAAAGUGGCAGAGCCGGGCUCGGAUCACGGAGACCUCCUUCGGCUUCCUGGAGGCGGAAAACAGCGACGAGGCGGCGUCCCGUCUGCCGCGACUGCCCGACAAGGAGCAUUUUGAACGUCCUCAGGUGGAAUGGAGCUCGUGCUUCCAGCUGGACCGCUUCAAGUCGCUGCUGCUGCCGGACAACAACCGGCCGCUGGAGCCCAGCGUGCUGCUGGAGCUGAAGGAGCUCUUCGCCCGCACGGACGCCAACACCACCGCGCUGCACCUUCUCAGCGUGGACUGCCAGGUGGCGCGCAUCGUGGGCGUGACGGCCGAGCAGAGGCGCACCAUGGGCGUGGCCUCGGGUCUGGAGCUCAUCACGCUGCCGCACGGCCGUCAGUUGCGGCAAGAUCUGCUUGAGAGGCAUCAUCUGAUCGCCUUGGGCGUGGCCGUGGACAUCCUGGGCUGCACGGGCACGGUGAGCCAACGGGCCACGGUGCUGCACAGGUUCAUCCUCCUGGCGCAAGCUCUCAAGGAGCACGCCCACGACCUCUACGCCUUCUCGGCCGUCAUGAAGGCGCUGGACAUGCCUCAGGUGGUGCGGCUGCAAAUGACGUGGCGCCUGCUGCGGAGGAACCACACGGAGAGCGCCGUCCUGUUCGAGAAGACCCUGAAGCCUUUCAUGAAUUCGCUCAAUGACAGCGACGAAUGCAUUUCGGGGGUUCCGGUGGCCGUGCCGCACCUGAUUCCCGUGCUGCUGCUGAUGGAGGGCCAGGACCUCGCGGAGGACAGCCAGCGAGGCUGCCAAAUGCUCUUUGACCUCUUGCAGGCGGCUCGGCGACACGCCGCACAGGCACGCCAACACCAGGAGCACGCCAAAGCUCUGCUCGCAAGCGGCUGGACACCUGUUCCCGAGUUGCUGGAGGCCUUCCGGACCGAGUUCGCCCUGCGACUCUUCUGGGGCCAGUCGGGAGCGGAGGCGGACAGCAAGGAACGCCAUGAGAAGUUUGACAAAAUUCUCUGCGUGCUCUCGGAUAAACUGGAACAGGUGGACAUCAGACCCGAAGAGCAGCAGCAGCCUCUCAGCUGAGACCGUGGGGAAUAGCUUUCCUGAUCAAAAUGUGAUUUUGUCCGUCGUGUUCAAUCAUGCGAAUGCCAUUCAAUUUUUACGUGGACCACAGCCCAUCAAGGCAGUUGGACAAACUUCGAAUUUUAUGAUCAAAAUGUUUUUGUUAUGAUUUCAAAGAGUGGACACGUGACUUUUUAUGGCAAUUGUCCGCUACAUUAUGUUUCACCGAUUCACUAAUUCUGGACAUAUUUUGGACUGAGCCGCCGCCGCCGUCACACUACCAAAUGUUUUUGUUCGCUCGUGUACAUAUCGGCUAAUAAAUGUUUAUUUUUC